AUGCUGAGGUCGGAGGAGCGCCUGAGCGAGUCGCACCUCCAGGACGUGGUGAUCGGGCAAGAGUGCGCGGAGAAACGCCACCAGCUGCAGGUCACUUACCCGCUGACGAAUGGAGUGGUGACCAACUGGGAGGACAUGGCUCGCGUCUGGGACCACACCUUCUGUGAGCGCCUGUGCUUGGACCCUCCCUCCUGCAAGGUCAUGCUCACCGAGCCGCCGCUGAACCCCAAGAGCAACAGGCGACGGAUGAUGGAGACGAUGUUUGAGCGUUAUGGAUUCUCCGGCGCGUUUGUGCAAGUUCAGGCGGUGCUGGCCCUGUACGCACAAGGUCUGCUGACCGGCAUGGUCCUGGACUCUGGCGAUGGCGUCUCUCACGUGGUGCCCGUCGUGGAUGGCAUGGUUUAUCCCAACUUGACCCGCCGCCUCAACAUCGCCGGCCGCCACGUGACGUCCCAUCUGGUGGACCUGCUUCUGCGCCGCGGCUACGCCCUAAAUCGAACAGCAGACUUUGAGACCGUACGGCAGAUCAAGGAGGAGCUUUGCUACAUGGCAUUCGACGUGAAGAGGGAACAAAAGCUUGCCAGGGAGACCACGUGCCUCAUGAAGUCGUACACUUUGCCUGACGGGCGAGUCAUCAAACUUGGGCCGGAGAGGUUCAUGGCGCCAGAAGCUCUCAUCAGCCCAAGCUCGGUCGACAUCGAAGCGCCGGGGAUAGCGGAAAUGGUCUUCAACUGCAUACAGGAGAUGGAUAUCGACAAUCGGAGCACGUUGUAUCGACACAUUGUCCUCAGCGGAGGUUGCACGAUGUUUCCGGGGAUGUCCAGCCGUCUGGAGAAAGAACUUAAGAGCCUGUACAUGGGUCGAGUGGCACAGGCUAGUGCGACACAAUGCCCUUUGUUGACUGAUCUGCUGCUUUUCAUCCCAUGUUCGCCUCAUAACGCUGUGUCAGAAUGA